AUUAAAAAGAUUUCUAAUAAUAUUUUUUUUAUAAUAUUAAUUUUUGGUACAUUAGUAACAAUUUCUUCUAAUUCUUGAUUAGGAGCUUGAAUAGGUUUAGAAAUUAAUUUAUUGUCUUUUAUCCCCCUAAUAAAUGAUAAUAAAAAAAAUUUAUUAACCUCAGAAAGAUCAUUAAAAUAUUUUUUAACUCAAGCUUUUGCUUCUUCUAUUUUAUUAUUUGCAAUUAUUAUAUUAAUAUUUUUUUAUAACAAUAAUUUUAUAAUAUUUAAUUUAUUUAAUGAAUCAUUAAUUUUAUCAACCCUUUUACUAAAAAGAGGAGCAGCCCCAUUUCAUUUUUGAUUUCCUGAAGUUAUAGAAGGAUUAUCUUGAAUUAAUGGAUUAAUCCUAAUAACAUGGCAAAAAAUUGCCCCAUUAAUAUUAAUUUCUUAUAAUUUUAUUUAUAACUUUUUUAUAAUUACAAUUAUCUUAUCAAUAUUAAUUGGAUCUUUAGGAGGGCUUAAUCAAACAUCAAUCCGUAAAUUAAUAGCUUUUUCUUCUAUUAAUCAUUUAGGUUGAAUAAUACUAGCAAUAAUAAAUAAUGAAAUAUUAUGAUUUACUUAUUUUUUAUUAUAUAGUUUAUUAUCAAUUUCAAUUGUAUUACUUUUUAAUAAUUUUAAACUAUUCUACUUUAAUCAAAUUUUUAAUUUAUCAUUAAUAAAUCCUAUUGUAAAAUUAUUUAUUUUUUUAAAUCUUUUAUCUUUAGGAGGCCUACCUCCAUUUUUAGGAUUUUUACCAAAAUGAUUAGUUAUUCAAAAUUUAGUAACAAUAAACCAAUUAUUUAUUCUGACUAUUAGAGUUUGUUUAACUUUAAUUACUCUUUAUUUUUAUUUACGACUAUCUUAUAGAAUCUUUAUAUUAAACUAUCAAAAAAAUUCAUGAUUACUUAAAAAUAAUUUUAAUAAUAAAUUAUCAUUUAUUAGAUUAAUAUUUAAUUUUAUUUCUAUUAGAGGAUUAGUAAUAAUAUCAAGAAUCUAUAUUAUUAUUUAA